CUUGGUUUCGCCUGACAUGUCUGCAAGAGACCAGUCAUAAGAAGUUUCCCAGAAGAUAAAGGGUGUUUCUUGUAUAAGAAGAAGCUGUAUAAAUCGUUUUUAUUCCUCUGGAGUUAAUGCGGCCAGUGAGUUCUGACGGUGUUUUUGGGGCACUGUUAAGGCAUGUAAAGACAUGUGAGCCACAAUAAAUGUCUGUUGAAACCUAAAGAACGAAGUUGAGCCUUGAUUGAACUCGAGAGGAGUAACAGUCAGAACGCGGCCUGCUUCGUGCUGGAGAAGUCCGGAGAGGGAGCGGUGCCUGCAGUAGCCGAGGAGGCGGCGUCAACGAGCAGCUCGUUAAGCGGUAACGUCGCUCUCUAACAUCAAAUGGAAGGCCGACUACAUGCGCAGACUACACGAAUCGGAGGCAGCCAGUGUCCAGGAAUUCAGCGUGGUCAAUCUGCCACCAAGUAACACGUUUAAAAAUAAGUUAAAUGUGAAGAGGUGGAUUAAUCUUGCUAACUUUAAAGGGACGCCAUAAGUGGUGAAGGGGUAACCUGCUGUGGUUAAUAAUAAAAAUAAAUAAAUAAAUAAAAACACAAGUUUAAGGGUUAAGAAAUUGUUUUGAUACGAGGUGAUUGUUACCAAGCUAAUUUUAGGUAAAUUACAAGUGUUUUGACAAAUUUAAGAGUAAGCCAAGGUACUUAAAGGGCGAGUUGUAUAACUUAGUUGGACAUUGAAAUAAUUUUCUGUUUCGUAACAAGUGAAAGAAGAUUUCUUAUUCUGAUGUAAUGUGUCUGUAAUACCUCAUUUGAGUUGCUGUUUGAAGAGAAUAUUUGUUUAUGAACACAUUUAAAGGGGUAGUAUUUAAGUUGAGUUAAAGCGACAGACUUCCAAUAUAAGGACACUGAAGUUAAAUUUAAUUAAUUAGGCCCAAAGUACGUACACAAAUGAACAGUGACAUGACAAUGCAAAAGGAUUGUGAUGUUGAAGCUGUGGAGUUGCAGCAAGAAGGAAGUCACGAAGAAGAGGCCUCAGGUACAAGCCCAUUACAUCCAAGCACAAAUGAAGCUGUCUCAGUAGAGGGCUUGAGGAAAAGUGAAGAAAGGGUAAAUAAGCUUCAAGCUCACUUCAAAUUCAGCUAUGACAAAUGGAAAUGGACAAAUGUGUUUUGGAUGUCUUAGCUUUGGACACCUAUCUAAGAAAUGUGAAAGGAGAAAUAUUUGUAACACCUGCAAGGGAAAACACCCAAGGUGUCUACAUGAAGAACGAGACAAGGAGUCCAGAAGAAAUAAAGACAGCAAUAAAGAACAAAAGGAAAUGAAUGAAAGAGGCCCUGGAAAUCAAGGAAACACCAAGUGAGGCAAUCUCAAACCGUGUCAUCCAAGGUAAUAAGAGCAAUCUCACAUCUACAAUAAUUCCAGUUUGGUUAUCCACAAUAAGCAACCCAGAGCAGGAGAUGCUAGUAUACGCCCUUCUAGAUAGUCAGAGCGACACUACAUUUGUUCUGCAAGAAAAGGCAGAUGUUCUGGACACGGAAAAGAGAGAUGUACAGUUAAGGCUCUCCACAUUGUCAUCUAAAGAUGCAGUUGUCCCAAGUCAAAGGCUCUCAGGGCUACAAGUCAGAGGUUUCUACUCAUCAAAGAGAAUCUCCCUUCCCAGUACAUACACAAGAGAGUUCAUCCCUGCCAAUUUAAGCCAUAUUCCCACACCUAAUACAGCGAGAGUAUGGCCUCACUUGGAACACCUCGCUGAAGAGAUCGCCCCUCUGAUUGAAUGCGAUGUUAGUCUGCUAAUAGGUUAUAACUGUUCACAAGCUUUUGUACCUAGAGAAGUUGUGUCUGGAAAGAACAGUGGGCCCUUUGCCCAAAGGACAGAUCUCGGCUGGACAAUAGUCGGAGGUGUCAAUCCUUGUGUCAACUAUGGAGCAUCAUUGGAUGCAGUCACAGGAUCGUUGUCAAAGAAAUGACACCCAGCCCACCAUCUGAUCAGUUGUCAAAGGAAGUGCACUACAUCUCUCGCACCCAGGUCAAGGAAGUUGUCACACCUUCAGAUGUACUCAAAAUGCUCGAGGCUGAUUUCAAUGAAAGGCAAGUGGAAGAUUCUCAUCUCUCGAGAGAGGCUUUACGCUUCAUUUCGAUAAUGGAGGAAGAAGUGAAAAUUUGAGAAGAUGGACAUUGUGAGUUACCUUUACCUUUUAAAGAGGAUAGACCGCAUCUACCAAACAACAAGAACUGUGCAGAACACUGACUUAAGUGCCUGAAGAAAAGAUUUGAAAAGGAUAAACAAUAUCACAGGGACUACCUCAAGUUUAUGAACGAAAUAAUAGAGUGUGGAGAUGCAGAAAAGGUACCUCCUGAAGAACUGGACAAACAUCUGACCUGGUACAUACUUCACCAUGGGGUGUACCAUCCCCACAAGCCCGGAACAUUAAGAGUGGUGUUUGAUUGCUCAGCAAAGUAUGAAGGAGUCUUAUUGAACGAUCACCUGUUGACAGGGCCAGAGUUAAGUAACACACUGGUAGGAGUCCUGUGCAGAUUCCGAAAGGGACAAGUGGCAGUGAUGUGCGACAUCAAACGCAUGUUUCAUCAGUUCAGCGUCAGAGCAGAAGAUCAAGACUAUUUCCGCUCCAUUGUCCCACCACAGGAAGGACAAUGGAGAUUUUCAUUCUACUCCAUCUGUCUACCGCAUGCGUGUCCACCUGUUUGGAGCUGCUUCAUCGCCUGCCUGCGCAAACUUUGGCCUUAAGUACAUCGCAGCACAAGGUCAGGGACAGUUUAGUGAAGCGACAGUAAGAUUAAUUGAAAGAAAUUUUUACGUCGAUGACGGCCUGAUCAGUUUCCAUUCAGAAAAGGAGGCAAUUUGUCUGGUGAACGAAGCAAAGCAACUCUGCAACACUGGAAAACUGCGACUGCAUAAGUUCGUUUCAAACAGUCAACAAGUACUCAAAUCCCUUCCCAAGGAAGGCUGUGCAGAGACAGCGAAAACCAAAGACCUUGCACUCCGUGAGCAGCAGACUGAAAGAGCUCUAGGUGUCAAAUGGUGUGUCGCUUCAGACCAUUUUCAGUUUCGAGUGGUCGUAAAUGAGCGUCCACUUUCCAGAAGAGGAGUGUUGUCGAUUGUGGCCUCCAUCUACGACCCACUCGAUCUUUUGGCGCCCUUCGUUUUACUUGGCAAACAAAUACUGCAGCAAAUGUGUCGUGACAAAACGGACUGGGAUGCACCAUUCUCAAGUGAACUUAAGCCACGGUGGGAGUCCUGGCUGUCAGAUCUCAAGAAACUUGCAGAUGUCAAGAUCAACCGUUGUUACCUUCCUAAGGAUUUCAGAGCAGUUCAGAAAUAUGAACUCCACUAUUUUUCAGAUGCAAGUGUUCCAGGAUAUGGAGUUUGUACCUACCUAAGAGCCAUCAGUGUAUCCGGGCAAAUCCAUUACUCACUUGUAUUUGCCAAGUCCAGGGUAGCACCCACAAGGGUGACUACAGUACCAAGAUUGGAGCUGUCUGCAGCAGUUGUCGCAGUACGUAUAAGUGACAUGCUCAAGGCAGAAUUGGAGCUUGAAAACAUUGAAGAAUGCUUUUGGACAGAUUCGCAAGUCGUCUUGGGAUACAUCAGCAAUGAAGCCAGGCGAUUUCACGUUUUCGUAGCAAAUCAAGUCCAGCGUAUCAAAGAGAGUACUAAACCAAUGCAGUGGAAGUAUGUCGCGUCAGAAGAAAAUCCCGCUGACCAUGCGUCUCGUGGAUUAAAGGCUAAGGACCUUGUUACUUCCAACUGGUUUUGUGGACCAAGUUUUCUUUGGCAAGAGGAGCUUCUCAGUGGAGAGAUUAAGGUGGGAGAACUUCAAUCAGAGGACCCAGAAGUACGCAAAGUAGUCGUACACCGAACAACGGCAAGAUUGGAGUCCCUGGCUGAAAGUUUUGUGAAAUUCUCCAGCUGGUCAAGACUGGUCAAAGCUAUUGCAAGAUUUAUCAGAUUUGGAAGAGAGUUUAAGAAGAUGCAAGGAAGAACCAGUGAAACUACUAGUCUUUAAGAAAGACAAGAAGCUGAGCUUAGGAUCAUAACUAUUGUACAAAGAUCAGUCUUCUUCAAGGAGAUCAAGGAGCUUCAGUCCUGAUAAGAGAUAACUGAAGACAAGACAAGUAGGCUCUACCGACUUAAUCCCUUCCUGGACCACAAGGGUGUCCUCCAAGUGGGAGGUAGAUUGGAGCAAGCUACGCUACAUCCAUACGUCAAGCACCCAGCUAUCUUGCCAAAGACCAGCCACAACACAAGGCUACUGAUCGAUCACUAUCAUCAGCGAGUGAAACAUCAAGGUCAGGGCAUGACAAUAAAUGAGCUAAGAGCAAAUGACAUUUGGACACUUUGAUGCAGUCGAGCAGUAUCAUCCUAUAUCUACAACUGUGUCAAAUGCAGGAAAUUCAGACAUGGAACAGAAGAGCAGAAGAUGGCGAACCUGCCUAGUGAGAGGAUGGAAACAACUCCCCCCUUCACAUAUUGUGGGAUGGAUUGCUUUGGUCCAUAUUAUGUCAAGGAAGGAAGGAAAGAGCUCAAACGCUAUGGACUGCUGUUCACAUGCCUGUGCUCUCAUGCAGUACAUAUUGAGUUACUCGAUGAUCUGUCAACUCACUCCGUGCUUUCAUUGCCCUAUGUGGAAAUGUCUGUCAGUUGCGGUCGGACCAGGGUACUAACUUUGUUGGGGCAGGGCGAGAGUUCCUGGAAGCGGUUAAAGAAAUAGACCAGGAAAGUCUGAAGCAACUUGGCUGCGAAUUCAUUAUGAACCCUCCCUCCGCCAGUCAUAUGGGUGGAGCCUGGGAGAGGCAAAUUCGUACAAUCAGAAGUGUGUUGUCUUCUAUUCUGAAUCAGUCAUCCCGCAUAUUGGACUGUUCAUCAUUAUGGACCUAUCUUUAUGAAGUGAUGGCUAUAGUGACCAGUCGACCCAUCACCACACACCUACUCAACAAUCCUACUGGACCUCAACCACUUACGCCCAACCUUCUCUUGACGAUGAAGUCAUCCAUAAUACUACCACCUCCUGGAGACUUCGCAAGGGAGGAUCUGUAUCUUCGCAAGAGAUGGCGUAGAGUUCAAUACCUGGCCAAUGAGUUCUGGCACAGAUGGAAAAAGGAAUAUUUGUUGGGUCUGCAGCAUAGGAAGAAAUGGCAGAAAACAAGGAGAAAUGCCAAGGUCAACGACGUAGUGAUCAUACAAGAUGACAGGGCACCCAGAAACAAUUGGAAACUCGCUAAGGUCACAGCAGUGUAUCCAAGUGAAGACGGAUGUGUACGCAAAGUGCAGCUGUUGAUCAGUGACUCUGCAUUAGAUUGCCAUAGAAAGAGACUCAGUAAACAGGUGCACUUGGACAGACCUAUUCAUAAGACAGUUACAUUGUUAGAGGCAGAAUAGAACCACUCACACUUGUAAUAAAAAUCACAAAUGAUUUGGUGGGAGUGUGGCUGCCGUCAGAGGCAAAGGUCAUAUAUUUUGGUUUAUUAUUUUUAAUCUUUGGUUAAAAAGGGCAAUAAAUAUGUUGGGUUAUUUUUAUCUAAAAAGUUCAAUAAAAAUAAGUAACAAUGUUAAGUAAAGUAAUGUGGUUAAAGUUCAUUUAUCGGGUUAAAAAGGAGGAAAGAACAUUAAAAUGUAAAGGGAAUUCAUUUUUUGUUCCGCAUGCCACAUUGUUGUUCCUGGGACAAGAUUGAGUGGUGCACUUAGAGAGCCACACGGAACGUUUCGCCUGACAUGUCUGCAAGAGACCAGUCAUAAGAAGUUUCCCAGAAGAUAAAGGGUGUUUCUUGUAUAAGAAGAAGCUGUAUAAAUCGUUUUUAUUCCUCUGGAGUUAAUGCGGCCAGUGAGCUGUGGAAAAAUGACAUCUAAGAAGAAAGUGCUCCUGAAAGUCAUCAUCCUGGGAGAUUCAGGUGUUGGGAAGACCUCCUUAAUGAACCAGUAUGUGAUCAAGAGGUUUAGUAACCAGUACAAAGCUACAAUAGGAGCAGACUUCCUGACAAAGGAGGUGACGGUGGAUGACCGACUCAUUACAAUGCAGAUCUGGGACACAGCUGGCCAGGAGAGGUUCCAGUCUCUGGGUGUUGCGUUCUACCGUGGCGCAGACUGCUGUGUGCUGGUGUUUGACGUGACUGCGCCCAAUACCUUCAAAGCACUCGACAGCUGGAGGGAUGAGUUUCUGAUCCAGGCCAGCCCUCGAGAUCCUGAGAACUUCCCAUUUGUGGUGCUAGGCAACAAGAUUGACUUGGAGAACAGACAGGUGACCACCAAAAGGGCUCAGGCCUGGUGUCAGAGUAAGAACAACAUCCCCUACUUUGAAACCAGUGCAAAAGACUCCACAAAUGUAGAACAGGCAUUCAAGACAGUUGCACGUAAUGCACUCAAACAGGCCUCACAGGAGACAGUGGUGGAGUGGUAUAAUGACUUCCCAGGGUCCACUAUGCUCGGAGGGAACAACGAACCUAAACCUUCAACAGAAGGCUGCAGCUGCUAAAGAAAAACGUGGACCAUCUUCUCUCUUGACUUUUCGAAAACACCCGAUCACUGGUUACAUCACCUCCACCUUGCUACCACCAUCACCUCCACAUGACCCUUCACUUCACACAAUGAAGGGUCAUGUUGCUGCACAUAGAUGUUACCCCCCCCCCCUCAAAUACCUAAUACACAAAUUAAUACACUACUGUUUUCCCUUUAAAAUACGUUUACAAGUCCAGUCCCCAAAGAUCACAUGAGAGAAAAAUGAGCCCCACCUUCUGACCUCACAGUCCCUGAAUUGAGCGUCAGUGAGUGUGAGUGAUGGAGCCAUGUACAGAGUACAAUUGUUGGGCCAUACCAUUAAAAUAUGUAAAGAAAAUCAAAGAAAGAAGCUAACAAGAGGAGCCUACAAUAGAGCUCAUCUUGGCACAGCGAAGGUGUUUGGCACAACAGGGCAUGCAGACAAUAAUUUUGCUUGCUUAAGCUGCCAGACAAGACAGGUUAAAGGAAAGAAAGAAAGAAAAGAGUACAACUGGGAACUCUGGAUGUACUAGCUGUUGUUUUCUAGUGUGAGGUGAUAUUGGCUAAUAUCAGCUUCCCAAGUUUCAGCGAGGUACCAGGUUAGAUCCCCUUUUACCAGCGCACAGUCUUAUUUCUGAGAUAAUUCCUUUAAAAUGCUUAAAAAGGCACCAACAGCACAAAGACUGUGGAGAGGUGCAGUUCAGCAGCUCGGAUUAGCAGAAAGGAAGUUUAUUAGAGCAACAGGUUACAGCAGCCAGUCUCAGCACACCUGUCAUUCAAGGCAGAAAGGCCACUAACUUUGUCCAGGAUGAGUUACAAACAAACACCCUUUUUGUACAGUUGUUAUGAAGAGAGAAACUAUCAUUAGAGACUAAAACAUAUUUUAGAGCAGGGCACAAAUCAAUCUUUUUUUGUGGCUGCUUCUAAGUUCAUGUUUGUGCCCCUGACAGAUUUGUGCCUAAGGUAAUGGAAACUCUAGCUCCCCCUGCUAAAUCCUCUAUCAAGAACCUUGGGGCAGCUUUUAACUCAGCUUUCACUUUGGAUGCUCAUGUUAAAUCUCUGGUUUGCCCUUGUUUGUUUUUCACUUAAGAAAUAUUGCCAAGUUGAGUUCCGUUGUGUCAUGCUAUGAAAUGGAGAUUGUUAUAAUGCCUUUAUUUCUUCACAGUCAGAUUACUGUAAUUCAUUGUUUGUUUGUCUUAACAAAACUUCCGUAGACUGUUUGCAGGUUGCUCAGAAUGCCACUGUGCAGCUUCUGACUAACUUUUCUAAGUAAUCACAUGUCAAACCGUUGCUAAUUCAACUGCACUGACUCCCCAUUAACUUCCAAGUGCACUUGAUGAUUUUUUUCAUGGACAAGCACCAGUGUACAUCAGUGAACUUUUGAAUCCAUAUAUCUCCAGCAGGUCUCUGAGGUCAUGUGAUCAGGGCCUGCUGGCUGUGCUGCAUGCAGAGCUGAGACCUAAAGGAGACAGAGUAUUUGUGACAGUGUCUCACAGACUCUGGAACCCUCUCCCUCAGAUGGUGGACUCGGUGGAUGAGUUUUUAAAAACGUAUCUUUUUAAACGUGUUUUUGGGAAACGUUUUGUCUUUAUGUUUUAGCAUUUUGUUGUUAAGCACUUUAUCUUGAAAUGUGGUAUGUAAACAAAAUCUGACUCUACUUUAAACAUGCUUUUUAAUGCUAUUUAGCAUGGGGCAAAUAAAGAGUGUCUAGUUUGACUUGCGUUUGGAGGCACCCUCAAGUGGACAUUAGGGGAACUGCAGUAUUUUGCACUUCUUUUUUUACAGCUUCAUUAGCUCAUGUGGCUGAAGGAACAAUGUGUUCAUGCGCUGGUGAGGUGCCCGUGAUUCAUCCCUCCACAAGAACUGCUGCUCCUCCUCCUCCAUAAAUUCUGACAGUAUGGGUCAAAAUGUAGUGAAACUUGCACACAAUGAUCACCUAAUGGGUCUCCAGCUAAACGGUGCUUGAGGUCAGAGUUACAUUUGUAGCACUUUUCCAUUUUCAGAAGAUUCACUACUUUGCAUGUGAUCCUGUCCAAUCUAUACAUAAAUGCUCUUUUCAGGUUUACAUGACCUAAAAAUGCCUUAGGCAUACU